AUGUUGCGUCUUCUAGCGCGAGUCCUCGCUAUCGCCUGGACAACACAUGAUCUGAAUGAGGACCAUGUCAAGAUAAUUGAUAGCGCCCUCGCAGCAUGGCCGCACCACCUGGAUGCAGCCAAGUCCGAUAUGUGUAAUGGCGAGGACGAGAUGCUCUUCCAGGGACCCAUGUUUAUCCAGUUCUGCAUCAUGUACCUUCAUUUCCCGCGGAGCGAUCUCGUGGCAACCAUUCCCGGUGCCAGCAAGGUUAUUCGGCAGCAACAAUUGUUAUCGGUAUACAGCAGAGAUAUGCACGGUGUCAAAGCCCUGGUGGCCUCGAAGCAGAUCAUUAACCUUGCUACCUUGCAAAUUCCGGUGCAGAAACACACGCCGUUUUUCAUCUGCGGCAUUGGUUUUGCCGUCCUGGUACAGCUGUCAGCAUGCUGUUUGACCGGCUCGUAUGGCACCCAUGACCGGUUUGACGACCGCAUCUCACUUGCCAUAGGCGUUCUCAAGACAUUGAGUCCGAGCUGA